GCGUCCGUGACAUCCACGCUACUAACACUGCAGAUGCAGCUCAGACUCGGAAAGCUGAACUUGUCGCCAGUGUAGGCAAGCAAGCCAGAUAGCUUUCAGCCGGACGAGAGAAAGUAGCUCUGCACGGCAAUACAGAUCAAGCAAGGGCUCCCAAAGAAACAUCCGAAGGAACACCUGAAGACAUCUUCGACCAUCUGCACCUCAACACGAAACACUUCCGUGGAAAAGGGAAAAUCUGCGUCUGAAUCACACGUUUGAUUCACAGGAACCGGACCCCAUGACGCGAUACCAAGAGUGUCAGUGAACGAUAUGACACUGGUGCUAGUUUACGGCGUAAUAAACCACGGUUGGGCUCCGACUGGCGACCUUUGAACUCUCCAUCAUGGCGAUCUCCACGGAAGUCCCGAGCACCAUGAGCGUCGCUCCGACCAGCGCCAACACCAGCGCGGUCCUCCCCGCUCUCGGAAUGGACCGGUCCUCUGCACAGAUCGUCAUUGAGACAGUGACCCUGGUCUUGCUGUGGGUGGCCUCAGUACUGGGUAACGUGCUCGUGUGUAUAGUCGUGUACCGAAGCCGCCGCUUGCAGUCCACCACCAACUACUUCGUGGUGUCGCUGGCCUGCAGCGAUCUGCUGGUCGCCUUUAUGUGCAUGCCGUUCGUCCUGGGACGGGUGGUCACCAACCGCUGGGUGUUCGGCGGGCCCAUGUGCAGCGUCGUCCGCUUCGUGCAGUUCACCUGUCCCGGUGCCACGGUCUACGUGCUCCUGUCCAUCGCCAUCGACCGGUUCUACACCAUCAUAUACCCGCUUAGCUUCAAGGUGUCGCGGACGAAGGCGAAACAGAUGAUCGUGCUGGCGUGGCUCUUCUCGGCUCUGCUGGCUGCACCCUGCUUCUACUUCUUUCGGACAGAGGACUUGUCGCAGAAGACGCUGUGUCCGACGUACUACCCCGGCGACUGGCGGGGCGUGCUGUACAUGGCGGCGGUGUUCACCGUGGACUACCUGGUGCCCAUCGUGCUGAUCAUCCUCCUCUACACGCGCGUCGUCAAGCACAUCUGGACUAUCGGGGUGGGAGGGCGCAAACUGCAGCGCACCAAAAACACCGUCCCGGCCACCAAGGUCAAGACCAUAAAGAUGCUGCUGGUGGUGAACGCUGUGUACCUUCUGACCUGGUCGCCAUUUUUCCUGCUCCACCUGGGUCACGUGAUCUCGGCGGUGGGCGGUGCGCAUGCGCGGGGUGACGCGGACCCCACGUGGUUCAUCGCGACCGUGUGGAUCGGGUUCUCGUCCUCCGUGUCCAACCCGCUCAUCUACUGGGUCUGCAACCCGAACUUUCGGCGGGGCUGCCGCGAGAUCUUCUGCAUGUCCAACAUGAAGUGCUACCGGAGCAACACGUACGCCAUCACCUACACCACGCCCUUCGGGAAGAGGAAUCACGUGGGCUUCGCCCUGGACACAAACGUCACUGCCACCACCACCGCCGAGAGUGCGCAGCCGCAGAACGGUCACGUGACCACCUCGUUCGAUAGAGAGGCUAAGCGGGAGAAGAAGAUCGCCUGGCCUCUCGUGUCAAACGGCGCCAAUACUUACUUGUGAGAGAUGCCAUGAAGGAAGAAACUCUUACAACCCGUGCUGAAAAUGACGGGCGAUCAGAAAGAAAAACUAACCUGGAUGCCACGCGGUUUCAGGGCCCGCAUUGACUAGCUCCUCGGCUCCAAGGCCAACAUGCCCACAAGGUAAAUUUCUCACAGGCUCCCCUUAGUUAGACCCAGGGGCUGGUGUGGUCAAAUUUCCUUGGGGACUUGUGGGCCCUGUGAGCGAAGAGCUGGCCGUUGUAGCCAUUGACCUGGAAACUGAAGACAUGUUCUUCUCCUAAACGCUCUCUUUCGAUGAUCUGUCAGUCUGAAUAUUAUUGACAGCUCUCUAAAUAGCAUCGGAGCAGUAACCGUCGUAAACUUUGCCAAACGUGCUUGAAAUGAACUCAGACGUUUUCGCGUGACGCAAAUAUCGGAAGAUCGUUUCUAUCUCGUUUACACUUUCGUGAAGCCUAAAAACAUUCCUCUUGUACUGGCCAGACGAAAGUACGACGAAAUUUCGCACAAAAUGUCUGAUUUUUCAAUACUGAAACGCCGACAUUUCAGUUCAAUCUAAACCUUUGUAAGCCUUAGAGUCGUGACACAAACAUUUUUUGACCCAGGUUCAAACAAAACGCUGCAACUAAAGCUAAGGGCAGAACCCACCGUCUACGUGCCAAACCGUGGGCAAUUUUGGGAUCCGUAAGUGGUAAAUACCGCGUCCGUACGAACCCGUAGGGAAUCCGACGGAUUUUGGAGCACGCAGACACGUGGGUUAGGUGCAGGCAAAACUUUGUGUGCUAUUGGGCUGCGGAUUCGCUCCCCG